UCAUAUCACCAAUCCUGAAACUUGUAGUAGCAUCAUUCUCAAGUAAUCAGUGUCAUGGAGGAUGAUCAGUUAGAGAGAGAUAUGAUCAGCCAACUUCCCAACAGUAUUCUUGGAACCAUCUUGUCAUUUCUCAGCUUGAGAGAAGUAGUGAGAACAAGUGUCCCUUCAAUCAGAUGGAGGAAGAUUUGGACUGCAUCUCUCUCAGUCCUCAACUUUGAUGUAGACAAUAUGCUUGGCAAAAUUCAGCACUCUGACGCUGAUUAUAAUGCAAAUCAAGGAAAUGAACUGAAGACAUUUGAAUACAAGGGACACACAAUAGAUUUCUCAUUCAGUGAAGUGCCUAAUCUAAAGAAUGCAUUUAUCCAUCUUACAUCUUUCAAGGGAGGUGAAAGUGCUCUUUGGUCGAUUUCUAGGCUUCUAGUCCAUCUUCCCCAACUUGAAAAUUUGUGGUUAAACUAUUGCUUUGACUGGAAGAUUGAGAACACUCCUGACAGAAAACUAGCUUUUGGUAAUCUUAAACUUUUGUCAAUUUCAAGUGCUUUCAUCCCCCACCUAAACCUCUUGUGAGAAAUAUGGUGGCCCUCUAGCUGCCCCAGUGAUUAUCUCAAGGAAGUUCUGAUAACUGGCAUGCAUGGUUAUAUGAGUGAAAUUGAGAUUGCUGUUUUUCUACUAAAUAAUGCUAUGGCACUACAGAAGAUGGUGAUUGACCCAUGCAGUAGAUAUUACAAUGGGUGUGGCAAAUCGGAAGCUUCAGCAGCCUGUGCAAGAUGGAUUGGAACUAGAAGGCAGAGAGUUUCUAAUCAUCUUAGAGUUGAAGGUCGUCCACAGGUACAACUUUUGAUUCUGUGACUAUGUAUUAGGAAUACGGUGUUGAUGAUUUGCUAACUGCUCUGAACUUGGCAUGAAAAAUGUUAAAUGUCCAGUAAUGUGAUAAUAAAUAGAAGUUUUAAAA